CGUACGAUUACGCGAUGGACGAAACGAUCAUCCAUCAAUAAUGAACGAUGACUAGCUGGUCUUUGGAAAAGAGUAAUAAAAGACAGCAACAGGUAGGAAGAAGUGUAGUGGUUGAAAAAUAGGGGGUGAUGAAACGCAAGAGAAAUCUUGACUUUGGGUUGAUUUCACUCUAUAAAAUUUUGCAUCUUUGCCCCUAAAACCAGUCAAGACAACUAUCCUUCUCCCAUUUCUCUCCCAGUUAAGACACAGCUGAUCAGCCAGAGAACCAAACAAAAUGGACAAGUUCAAGAUGGCGGAAUCUGCAGGUGGGCAUCCACUGUUCAGCUGCAGGAACUGCAGAACUCCUCUUGCCUUCCAUGCUGAUCUCCUCUCUAAGAAGUUCAAGGCAAAAUCAGGGCAAGCUUACAUGUUCUCUCAUGUGAUGAAUGCGGUGUUGGGGCAAAAGGAAGAGAAGCAGCUGAUGACUGGAGUGUUCACCAUUGCCAGCAUCUACUGCAGCCGCUGCGGCGAGGGGCUGGGCUGGAAGUAUGUUCUUGCCCAUGAUAUGAAGCAGAAGUACAAGGAAGGCAACUUCAUACUCGAGAAAUCCAAGCUUGCCAAAGAAUACUGAUCCCAGACCCGCAAUGCUAUAUAUCUGCAGGCUGCAGCUAGCUACUUCUGUCAAAGAGUUUUCUAGUGUAAUAAAGCAAAUACAACAACGCUACUGUCAAACCCAGCAGCCCUGGUGGUUAUGUAUGAUGGUUAUCAGUGCUAAAAAAAAUGGGUGGUAUAAUUCAUGGGUUUGAAGUUUGCACAAGAUUGAAUAUCACGUGUUUUGACAAAUGAGGGUCGUCGGGGUUCGUACAUCAAUUCGUACGGAAGACACACCACAAUCACAUAAUGCUCUGAUAUCAUGUCAAAUGAUAACAUGUGAAUAUGCUACUAUUGUAUUACACACUCUAGAUUUAAAGCCGCAAAUCGUAUUGGUG